AUGUCGGGUAAUAGCGGUUUCGUCUUCUGGAGCUUAAAGGAUUGCCCAAUUCCUGAAAGUCUGAAUCCUGGUUCAGUUUGUGCGAAUAUUAAAAAAGCUCUUGAGAGAAAGGGUUCUGAUGGUGCCGUGUUAAUCAAGGCAUAUUGUGACAAGGAAACAUUCAGUGAUGAAUUGUUUGCUAAUUAUCGCGAUGCUGGAAUCGACCUCCUUCCUGAUCCCUUAGAAGAUGAGUUUGUCAAUAUUCUUUUCUAUUUGAAAGUUAGAGGUUUCAAUGUUAUCUUAGCAUCUCCUGAUAACGAGGUCGCCUCAGAGUCCAUACUUAGGUCUGUAGGCUCGGUUUGGCUUUCGACAAGCCUAUUGGAACAAGGAAACCCUGACGAACUAUCCAACAUCCGCAUUACCAACUUUGAUAACUUCAAUUCACCACAAGAUUUGGAGGUAUGCUUUGGGGACGGUGAGAUUGAAGAUUGA